GAUCAGACGGCUAGGACUGCCGACCAGCCACGUCACUAUAAAUUGACCCACGUAGGCGAGCGGGCUCCACUCUCCUUUCGCGAUCCCCAGUUCCCCCACUCGCCAGUGCAGCACGGGGGCGGGCCGCGGUUGCUCACUUGCUCCUGCUCCCCCUCCCGCUCGAGCCAUCAGUUUUUGCAGUGUGGGCGGAUUGAAUCAGACUGAGCCACAAUUCCGCCAUUUUUCCGUUGGUUCGUCUAAUUCUUUUUGUUCGAUAGCUCGCCGUGCAGACAUGGGAACCGGCCGCGUCCCGCUGCUCCUCAUCCUCCUCGCCACCGCGCUGCUGCACGCCCUCCUCGCCCCGCCGGCAGAGGGCCUGGUCCGCAUCCCGCUGAAGAAGCGGCCGGCCGACAAAAACGGCCGCCUCCACGCCGAGCGGCGCCGCGGCUUCCUCGGCAGCAGCAACGACGCCGCCGCCGCAGCCGCGUUGAACAAGGCCGAGGCCGAGGAGGAGGGCGACAUCGUGGCGCUGAAGAACUACCUCAACGCGCAGUACUACGGUGAGAUCGGCAUCGGCACGCCGCCGCAGACGUUCACCGUCAUCUUCGACACCGGCAGCUCCAACCUCUGGGUGCCCUCCUCCAAGUGCUACGCAUCGAUUGCUUGCUAUUUCCACGAGAGGUACAAGGCCGGCCGAUCGAACUCUUAUAAGAAGAAUGGAAAACCUGCUUCUAUACGCUAUGGUACUGGUGCGAUGUCUGGCUAUUUUAGCCGGGACAGUGUGAAAAUUGGUGAUGUAGUUGUGAAAAAUCAGGAUUUCAUUGAAGCUACAAGGGAGACAAGUGUUACUUUCAUGGUUGCAAAAUUCGAUGGCAUUCUUGGGCUUGGAUUUAAGGAAAUCUCAGUUGGAGCUGUUGUACCUGUCUGGUACAACAUGGUUAAACAGGGUCUUGUUGGUGAUCCUGUUUUCUCAUUCUGGUUCAACCGACAUGCUGAUGAAGGGCAGGGAGGUGAAAUUGUAUUUGGAGGAAUUGAUCCUAAUCACUAUAAGGGAAAUCAUACAUAUGUCCCUGUCACUAGGAAGGGCUACUGGCAGUUUGGUAUGGGCGAUGUCCUGAUUGGAGGAAAGUCCACAGGAUUCUGUGCUUCUGGCUGUGCAGCAAUAGCAGAUUCUGGAACUUCAUUGCUGACUGGUCCCACAGCCAUAAUUACUCAAAUAAAUGAAAAUAUUGGUGCUGCUGGGGUAGUCAGCCAAGAGUGCAAGGCAGUUGUUUCUCAGUAUGGGCAACGGAUCAUAGAUCAGCUGCUAGCAGAGACACAUCCGGCAAAGAUAUGCUCUUCAGUUGGUGUAUGUACUUUUGAUGGAGCUCAUGGUUUUAGCGUUGCUGGUAUUCGGAGUGUGGUAGAUGAUGGAGUUGGGGAAUCAAAUGGUCUCUUCAAUGAAGCUAUGUGCAAUGCCUGUGAAACGGCUGUUGUAUGGAUACAGAACCAGCUUGCACAGAACCAAACUCAGGAUGUAGUGUUGCAAUACAUUAAUCAGCUGUGUGAGAGGCUUCCUAGUCCUAUGGGAGAAUCAUCUGUGGACUGCAGCAGAGUUGCAUCCAUGCCUGACAUUGCCUUUACCAUCGGGGGUAGAAAGUUCGCGCUCAAACCAGAACAAUAUAUCCUGAAGGUUGGUGAAGGACAUGCUGCUCAGUGCAUCAGUGGUUUCACAGCUAUGGACAUUCCUCCUCCUCGUGGCCCUCUCUGGAUCUUGGGUGAUAUAUUCAUGGGAGCCUACCACACCGUCUUUGACUACGGCAACCUGAAGGUUGGCUUCGCGGAGGCGGCAUGAUGCGGCCCUCCAAGGCGAUCGGACGAACCCUACAGCAUUUGCAUUUCAGCUCGGGGUGAUGUCCUGCAAGCAUGUAUGUAUAUGCUUUACAUCCUCAAUAAUGCUUGUGUGAUCUGAGAUGAUAGACCUGUCUGUUUCAGCUGGCUAAUAUAUUUAUCAAGGCAGGGUUUCAAGCUGAUAAGUUGCUGUUGAC